AUGAAAUUCACUACUGCCAUUAUCUCUGCUGCCCUUGUCGCACUUGCUUCAGCUCAAGGAGCCCAACCCGCUGCUGGUGGUGCUCAACCUGCUGCCGGUGGUGGUGGAGGUGGUGCCAUUGUUUCCAUCACUUCACCCUUGACUGGUACCGUUUAUAAGGCUGGCACUAAGGCUCGCAUUACUUGGAUCAACCCCAAGGUCGAUACCAUUCCCAAGAUUGCUCUUGCUCGUGGUCCAUCCACUGCUCUUCAACCCGUUGCCCAAAUCGCUCAAAAUGUGAAUGCUGCCACUGGUAGCUAUGAAUGGGACAUCCCUCAAGAUUGUGAAAACGGCAAAGAUUAUGCCUUUGAGAUUGGUGAAUCUCCCAACCUUGCCUUUGCUGGUCCCUUCACUCUUGAAGGUUGCUCUGGUGGUGGUUUCUCUUCUUCUGGUGCCGCUGCUUCGGGUGCCAGUGGUUCAUCACCUGCUGCUCCUGCUGGUAGCAGUGGUAGCAGCCCUGCUGCCAGUGGUUCCUCUUCAGGUGCCACUCCAGCUUCGUCUUCCUCUUCUCACUCUGGUUCAUCCUCAUCGCCUGCCUCUGCAGAAGGUGCCGCUGGUCAAGUUAAUCCCGGUGCUGCUGUUGCCAUUUUGGGUGGUUUGGCUGCUGUUUACCAGCUUUUCUAA